AUGACGACUAAUUUAUAAAACUAAGAGAUAUUUAAAUUUUUUUAAAAAGUUAAAAAAAUAUCUGUUCUUAUUGUGUGGAUUAAAAGUAACUUAAGAUGGGAAUGUGAUGAUGGAAAAAUGAUUCCCUAUGAUGGAUGUUACGAAUGCAAAUAUUCAUGUUCAUAAUAAUAAUGUUUGAUUGUCUUAACGGGAUAUGUUGUGGUUGUAUUUAAACAGGUUGGAAACUCAAUUAAAUUAAUAAUUUUGGGGAAGGCAUUGUUAUUGAGAAAUAUGAAUAAUGUGACAAUGGCCCUUAGGAUGAUUGAUAUUAGUGUUAAUUUGAAUGUUCAGAAAUAUGUGUUCAAUGCCUAUCAAACCAAUGCAAAAAAUCUCAUCCUUUAUAUGUAUUAGACAUUAAUUACAGGAACUGUUUAAAAUAAAACAGUGAUAAUGAUGAUUAAUAAAUCGAUUUUCAAUUCUCUAACCUAUACAAAUGAUAUAUUUCAGAUGUGGUGAAAAUCAUGUACUUAUUAAUAAUAUGUGUGUUCAUACGUGUGGCAAUGGAUUAAAAGAUAAGAACUCUUUAGUUUAUGCACAUAUGUUAAAGCUCCUAAAAUGAAUUUGAAUAUUCUUACUAACAACAGCGAUUAUCUUUAAGUUGUAGAGUUGACUUUAACUUCAUAAGUCUAGUUGGAUGAAGCAGCAAAUUUCGAAGAUAUAAUAGCAUUCACUAUUACAACUUAAACUCAAUACAAAUUAGCAGUCAUUUGCAUCUCAAAUAUAACAAUUUAAUAAAGCAAUCCUAAAAUAUUAAAUUUAAAUUGAAUUCAUUGAACCAGUAUAAAACCUUAUUUUAGAAGUUUUUAUACAAAAAAAUUACAAUAUAUAACUCAUUUAAAUUGGGGUUAAAAGAAAAUGAAAAAAAAAAUUUAUCUAAAUGCACUCUUUGUGCUUUUAGAAACCACUAAGUAGUAGUUAAGUAAUGUAGUUUAACUUAAUAGUGCAAUGAUGUAUUCAAUGGUUGGUGUGGCAAGUUUAGCUUUAGUAACUGGAAAUGCAAUUGUAUUUUUUAUUUUACUCGAUUUAUUAUAAUCAGAGAUUUUUUUUUGUAAUACUUAUACUAUGAACUCUUUGCAACCAAUAUUAAAUUAUUUGAAAGUAGAUUAGUUAUUGAAAGAAUUAAAUGGAAAAGUAAAUUAGAUUAGGUUAAUAGUAACUUAUAGCCAGACUACGAGAUCAUUUUUAAAGAGCCAUUCAAUGCAAAAAGCUGCUAUUUUACUGUCCUUGCCUCUAUUUUAACCUAUUUACUUUAUUGCUUUAGUUCAAAUACUUUAGGAAAUUUUAUAUUAAAAUGGCUUAAAAAUAUCCAGUAAUUACUAAAGUCAUGAAAUUUAUCCUUCGAUUUAAAAAAUAUGUGUAGAAAAAGUUUAAAAAUUAAAAAUUGAUAUUUUCAUUAGGAAUUUUUCAAGAUUAUUAGGCUAUUCUACUUUAGUUAACUUUUAGUGUAUUGUUAUAAUAUCCCAAUUACAGAUUGAUUCUCUAUUUGAAAUUCUCAACACUAUCUAUACUAUAUAGGUUUAGGGUUCAUUUUAAUAUCAAACUUUCCAUUAUUUUCAAUUACCACAAUAAAUAUAAAAAUUAUAAAAUAUUGAGGUACUUCUAUUCAGAAUCUAAAACUGAAUUUUUGAAAGGUUAAUUUAAGUCUUUACAAAUUUUUAUUCUUUAUUUUCAAUAUUACAGAAUUAAUCAAUUAUCCAGUAUCAUAAUCAAUCCUACUUCUAUGCAAUCAUUUUUCUUUUUGAUGUAUUUAAUUAGAUUCAAACCCUUAAAAUCUCUUUUUGAACCCACUAAAUUAGUUGUAAUGAGAUUGUAUUUAUGAUUAUUAUUUAUAGCUUUGAAUUCAGUUAAGAACUUUUAUUCUAAUUGGUUGGAUUCAUGUUACUCUGUUUUGUGCUAUUAUAAAAUUUAAUUUAUUUAUAGAAAUACUCUAAUAAAUCAAAGCAAAAGUAUGAGACUUACUUAUUAAAAAAACAAAAAGAAGAAAGUGAGUUGGGAUCUAAAUAGAAAUUGUGUAAUUUGCAAGGAUUUUCAUUAAAAGAGUAUGAUUAAUAAAUAUAAAAUGAGAUGUAAUUGUAAUUCAGUAAGCCUCAAUUAAAAUUCUUUAGAAUGUAAUUACUUUGUUAGUUUUAAUUACUACCCUAAUUAUUUUUUUGA